UGCAAAGUUGGAGGCAUGUCAAUCUGUCAACCCUUGAUGCGAAACUUUGCCUCGAACAACAACAACGCCCUCCCUUUCUCCAGUCUCAUCUUGCGAUUUGCAGCUCCUCGAUUGUAGUCUGUUGUGUUCGCGUCCCCGUUCAAUCUUUGUCGUAAACUAUGAAACUCUCCAAAGUCGCACUGAUUGGCCUUCUCUUCGUGGCUGCACGUGCCCAAGACGACGCAGCCCCUGCGGCCGACGACUCGCCACUUGUCUCCCAAUACGAAGCUUCCACCAGUACUGAAGCCGACAUCACGACUGCCAUCCAAAGCGGAAGCUCUGACGAUCAAAUUAUUACGUCAUUGAAAGAACAAGGGCUCUCCGUAUCUCAAGCCGAAGUAGCUCUUGCUGCUGCUAAAGACAAUUAUCAAUCAAGAGCGUACGAUGUUGCAACCAGCACCCAAGACAACGAAGCUACAAGCACUCAAGCAGACUCCGAAGGUGAAGUUGCUGCGGCGGCUGCCGUGGACGCCGGCGCCACGGAGCACCAAGCGGACGACAUUGCCGACGCCAUCGACAACGAAGGCGCCUCGGCUGCGUCCGCGUCCAUUGAUGCCGGUUUGACCAACUCGCAAGCGGCCGAAGUGAUCACGGAAGUGGUGACUGUGUCCGAAGACAUCCCCUCGCAAGGCGAAGUGGCUGCUGACGCCGCCGCGGACGUUGGUGCCACCGAUGCCCAAGUGGACGAAAUCAAGGAUGCCGUUAACAACGGUGCGUCUGCUGCCUCGGCUGCGUUGGACGUUGGUCUGUCGGACGCCCAAACGGCCGAAGUGAUCGACCAAGUGACGUCCGCCUCGGAGAACAUCGCGGACCCCGCCGAUGUGGCCGCGGCGGCUGCCAUCGAAAGCGGUGCGUCGUCGAGCCAAGCGUUGGAAAUCGCGACCGCCGUGGACAACGGUGACUCCGCUGCGGUUGCCGCCACCGAAGCCGGCCUGGAGCCUGCCGCCGUGGCCGACAUUGUCAGCGAAGUGAUCGACUCUGCCGAAAAGGUGUCUGACCCUGCUGACGUCGCUGCCGCCGCCGCCCUCGACAACGGAGCGACUGCGUCUCAAGCCGCGGACGUGGCCGAAUCGGUGGACGCUGGGUCGUCUGCUGCGGCUGCCGCUGCCGACGCCGGUUUGGACACGGCUGCCGUGGCCGACAUCGUGGACCAAGUCUCGUCGUCGUCGGACAACGUGGCGGCCCCGGCCGACGUGGCUGCCGCUGCUGCCAUUGACGCGGGAGCGUCUGCCGAACAAGUGGCGGACAUUGUGACUGCUGUGGAUGCUGGCGAGUCUCCUUCGGACGCUGCUGCGGAUGCGGGUUUGUCGUCUGCCGCCUCUGCUGCUGUGGAGGCCCAAGUGGAAGACUCGGCCGACAACCACGCGCCCGCUGCCGACGUGGCUGCUGCGGCGGCCGCCGAUGCGGGUGCCUCGCCUGAACAAGUGGCGGAUGUCGCUGCGUCAGUGGACGCCGGUGCCUCUCCUUCGGAUGCUGCGGCGGACGCUGGUCUGUCAUUGUCGGCCAUUUCUAAAGUGGAAGAAGUUUUUGACGGCUCACCUGCUAUUUCACAUGACAUUAAGCUUGCAGGGGAGCAUAACAUGCCGGACGUGUAUACGACAUACACGACCCCGCCAAGCUACAACGAGACCCCUGCACCGAAGUCGACGUUUGGACGAAUCAUUGAUGCCAUCACAAGCUACUUGACAACUGCUCCAAGCAGCCCGAGCCUCCGUGCGCGACCUCAGUGUGCUACCUCGGCCUAG